AUGCGCUUAGGAGCGGGCAAAGGGUCUGACCGGGGAUGUGCCCUUGCCCGGCCCCGGGCUGGGGCCGCACCUGUCCGGGGAAGGACGGAGGGAGCACAUCCACCUCCCGGCUCGGGAAACGCAGCCACGGGAGCACCGAGCGGCAGCUCCUCCUCCCGAGGCGCUACCGCUGACGGGGGCCGUGGCACGGGGCCACCAGACACCCCCGUCUACAUAACCAGCGCCUGCGGGGGCGGCUCCGCCGGUCCUGCGCCCGGCCCGCCGGAGGACAGCGCGGAGCGCCCCGGCCGCGCUCCCGCCGCACCGCCCGGGCAGCGGCUCCGCGCCGGCCCCUCCGCCUCAGCGGGCACGCGCAGCACGCAUGCGCGGCCCGCGCCCGCCCGCGCGCCGGGCAUGCGCGGGGGCGGCGGCCGGGCAGCGUCUGAGGACGGGCGGGCGGCGGGUGCCGGCGGAGCCCGCGGGGCACCGGCGGCCCCGAGCCCCGCGGCCCGGCGGGGGCUCCACCGGCGGCCGAGCGGCGCCGGCGGCCCCCGGGGCGACAGCGCCCGAGCCGGGCUGUGCCCCAGUUUGUGUCCAAUCAGAGAGUGCAGCGCCUGCACCGGGCGGGCGGCAAUGCGUAAACAAGCCCCGGGAACUCCUCCGCCCCCCGCGCUCCCCUCCGCGCCGCUCCCCGCGCCGCCCCGCAGCCGCCCCCGCCCGCUGACAAGUCCGGCGAGGCGCGUUCCCGCCGCUCCGCCGCCCUCCCCUCCCCCGCCCGCCCGCCCAGCCGGCGCCGCCCGCGCUGCCACACGCACCCACUCCCGCACACGCCCGCGGGUGCCCGUGGCCUCUGCAGGGGAAGGUAAGGGGCCCGCCGGGGGCCGCCGGGCAGGCGGCGGCGAGGUGCGGAUGCGUGCGGGGGGGAUCAUGUGUCAUAACAAGUUGUUGAACGUGACAUUGCUCUUGAACUGCGGCGGCGGCGGACGCCGGGCCGCCGCCGAGUAA